GUUUCAGUAGCCAGGUAUCAUUUUCUAUUUGAAUGCCGGUGGAAUUGACUUGGACGACAAAUACAAGUCAUUAAAAUCUUAAUUCCGUCACUUAACCGGACCAACAUCUACAGAAUGACGACAAAGUGGCAAGUUACCCGUCUCCUGCACGGGGUCCGAGCCAUCGUCGGCGGCCAAGGUCCUCCUGUGGUGCUCAUUCCCGGCUGGCCACAGACAGCAGAAGCGUGGAGUGACAUGUUUGAGCCACUUUCCAAAAACUACCGGUUCUUUGCACUCGACCCCCCAGGCUUGGGUGAUUCUCUUCCUCCCGCCAAUGGCUAUGAUACCGCGAACGUGAGCAAGAUCAUGGCCGAAGCCAUUCACGACGCUUUGAAAGAACAACCGUAUCAUCUAAUUGGCCACGAUGUGGGCGGAUGGAUCGCGUAUCCCUGGGCCGCUCAGUUCCAAUCGAGAAUCAAAUCGCUCAGUAUCCUAGAUGCAUCAGUGCCGGGCUUCUUGCCCCAGUUUCAGUUCCCAUUGUCUCAGCAGACCAACUUACGUCUUUGGCAAUUCUCCUUCAACGCGCUUCCCGAGUUACCUGAAAUCCUGACGAGCGGUCGUGAGAGGGAGCUCUUGACCUGGUUUUUCAAUUUGAAGACCGUUCAUCCCGAUGGUAUGCACAAAGAUCAUUUUGAACGCUAUAUUCAAGCCUAUUCGAGACCAGGAGCCAUGAGUCGAGGAUUCGAGUACUAUCGGUCCUUUGAGACGAGCUCGAAGCAGAAUCUGGAGUUCGCAAAGACACCACUUGAUAUUCCUGUCUUAGCUCUGGGUGGAGAGAGCUCGGUUGGCGCGGGUAUGAUCGAUUUGGUUCAGAAGUUCGCGGCCAAUGUUUCCGGAGGCGCUAUUCACGAUUGUGGCCACUUCCUCCCCGAAGAGCAACCAUCUGCUGUUGCGCAAAGACUGCUGGAAUUUUUGGACGCAAACCAAAAGGAGUGAGAUUCUUCCGUGUACCCAUUCAUGUAAAGUGAUUAGUUUCCCAUUUUAAAAGGGGGUGAAGAGCCCUCUUUCUC